AUGAUGAGCUCUGAGCCUUUGACCAGCUCUGAGGUGUUUGGACAGCUCAGGAAAGAGCUCUAUGGAGAGGAGCUGUCCAGUGCUUCCAAUGCACACAUAUUCAUCAUCCUGGGAGCCUCUGGGGAUCUCGCUAAAAAAAAGAUCUAUCCAACUUUAUGGUGGUUAUUCAGAGAUGGCCUGCUCCCUAAUGACACCUACUUUGUGGGUUUUGCAAGGACUAAACUGACCGUGGAGGACAUCAAGACAGCAUGUCUGCCUCAUAUGAAGGUCACUGAUGAAGAGAGUGAGCGUCUCUCGGCCUUCUUCAGGAAGAACUCCUACCUGAGCGGCUGGUAUGACGACGACAGCUCUUUUGCUCAACUCAGCGCUCAUCUGUCAUCUCUGCCUGGGGGAGCUGACGCCAACAGACUCUUCUACCUGGCCCUGCCACCCACUGUCUACAAUCUUGUCAGCACAAAUAUCAGAACCCACUGCAUGAGCCGCAAAGGCUGGAGCAGGGUAAUUGUUGAGAAGCCCUUUGGUCGUGACCUCCAGAGCUCACAGGAGCUGUCAGCCCACCUUUCCUCCCUGUUCACAGAGGACCAGAUCUACCGCAUAGACCACUACCUGGGAAAAGAGAUGGUCCAGAACCUCAUGGUGCUCAGGUUUGGAAAUCGCAUCUUUGGACCCAUAUGGAACAGGAACAGUGUGGCCUCUGUGGUCCUAACCUUCAAGGAGCCUUUUGGCACUCAGGGCCGCGGAGGAUACUUUGAUGACUUUGGCAUCAUUCGAGAUGUCAUGCAGAACCAUCUCCUCCAGAUGUUGUGUUUGGUCGCCAUGGAGAAACCUGCUUCCACCAGCCCAGAUGACGUGAGGGAUGAGAAGGUGAAAGUGUUGAAGUGUAUAGCUCCUGUUACUGGGUCAGAUGUGGUGCUCGGCCAGUACGUGGGGGACCCUGAGGGUGAGGGCCCCUCCAAGCUGGGUUACCUUGACGACCCCACUGUACCAGAAGGCUCCUGCACGCCAACAUUUGCCACCGCAGUUCUCUAUGUCCAUAAUGAAAGAUGGGAUGGAGUUCCUUUUAUUCUCCGCUGCGGUAAAGCUCUGAAUGAACGUAAGUCAGAAGUGCGUCUGCAGUUCACUGACGUACCAGGAGACAUCUUUGGGGAACGCUGUCAGAGGAACGAGCUGGUGGUCCGGGUGCAGCCGGACGAAGCCAUUUACCUGAAGAUGAUGACCAAGAGGCCUGGGGUUUACUUCAGCCCAGAGGAGACUGAGCUGGACCUCACCUACAGGAGUAGAUACAAGAACGUGAAGCUUCCAGAUGCUUACGAGAGGCUGAUAUUGGAUGUCUUCUGUGGAAACCAGAUGCACUUUGUCCGCAGUGAUGAGUUGCGGGAGGCCUGGAGGAUCUUCACUCCCCUCCUCCAACAAAUAGAAGGAGAGAAGACACACCCCAUCCCUUACACAUAUGGAAGUCGUGGUCCAAACGAGGCGGAUGAUCUCCUGAAGAGGGUGGGAUUCCGCUAUGAGGGAACAUACAAGUGGAUGCAGCCCCACACAACAUGA